AUGACCUCCUUAAUUUCCGUCAGACACCGACCAGGUGACAUCGCGUCCCUCGUCGCGCGCGCCACCAAGUAUGCUCUCCCCAGAGAGCGUACCGCAGCCCGAAACCUCCGCACUGGCCGACAACUCUCAACAUCAUGCCUCGCACGCCGAACCCAGUUUCAAGCCAGCCAAUACUCCCGGUUCUCGCGGGUGCAGACUACACCAGCACAUCGUUUUCCACAAGUAUCACCGUCAACCGUUCGCUGGAACAGCGAGAAGAGCGGUAGCCCUACAUUCCGACAAUGGGGCUUUGAAGAUAUAAAUGCGCGUCUCCCCUCAGAAACAGCAGACACGCCGCCUUCCUCGCCCCAAAAGAACCUCAUCCUAGUUGACGUCCGCGAACCAGCCGAACUCACCAGUACCGGGGUCAUCCCCUCCGCAGUUGCCGUGCCGUUAGCUUCACAGCCGGAUGCCCUCUUUUUGACGCCGGAUGAGUUUGAGACUAGGUUUGGGUAUCCCAAGCCCGGCGCGGGCUCGGGUGAAGACGGGGGUGAUAUAGUAUUCUACUGCAAGGCGGGAGUGAGGGCCAGGGCCGCGGCGCAGUUGGCUGUCCAAGCCGGGUAUGACCCGGAGAGGAUCGGAGUUUACGAUGGGAGCUGGCUGGACUGGGCACAGAAUGGAGGAAGGGCAGAGGAAUGGGAAGGGUAUGAGUAG